AUGUAUGCACCAGGUGUUCGUCGUCAAACAAGGCAGACAGAGGGACGAACCAAGUCAAAAAGGGGAAGGCAAAGCGAGAUCCAAGCAAGGUUUCAAGGCAGAGGCGCAGAUACAAAUCAAUUACAAACUGAAGCUCACCUUGACUUGCUCUCAUUCAGGUUAGUGUGGGAGAACGGCACGGAGGCAUGCAAGAGGCAUGAGCGCCAUACUGUACUUGUCGUUUUACUAGCGGUUCACGGUGUGAAACAGGCUGUGUUAACCCGUCAUCCUCCGCCUGACAAACUUAACUCUCAUCCAAUUUAA